GCUGAGAUCCGGCCACUGCACUCCAGCCUGGGUGACAGAGCAAGACUCCGUCUCAAAAAAAAAAAAAAUUCCUCAUCCUUUAAUGUUCACAUUCAGAUUCACACUGGAAUAAAACCACACAAAUGUACGGAAUGUGGGAAAGCCUUCACUAGAUCAACUCACCUUACUCAACAUAUAAGAACUCACACUGGAAUAAAACCCUAUGAAUGUAAGGAAUGUGGCCAAGCCUUCACUCAAUACACGGGCCUUGCUAUACACAUACGAAAUCACACUGGAGAGAAACCCUAUCAGUGUAAGGAAUGUGGGAAAGCCUUCAAUAGAUCUUCAACGCUUACUCAACAUACAAGAAUUCACACAGGAGAGAAACCUUAUGAAUGUGUUGAAUGUGGGAAGACUUUCAUUACUUCUUCUGAUCGUAGUAAACAUUUCAAAACUCACAGUGGAGAAAGGCCCUUUGUAUGCAAGAUAUGUGGUAAAGCAUUUAUAUGUUCCUCACCCCUUAAUGUUCACCUGCGAACUCAUACCGGAGAGAAACCCUUCAUAUGUAAAGAAUGUGGGAAAGCAUUUGCUGUUUCCUCACACCUAAGUAGACAUGAAAGAAUUCACAUUGGGGAGAAACCCUAUGAAAGUAAGGGUAUGAGUGUUACCAUUUAGCUCAUAGUUUGCCAUCUUUAAGUAUUGGCAGUGACACUAAAGAUAAUCAGAUGUCCUGAAUGCCUUGCAGAGGUUGUAAUGGCUCAUGGAUUGGCUUUGGAUGCCAUCCUGAGGGUCUGAAAUUAAACUUACAGGUUCUGAAUACAACUUCAUGGUGGCCUGAGUCUGGGCAUCUGUGAAGAAGGCUCAUGGAUGGUGAGGUCAGUACUGCAGGCUGCCUCACAUUAGUGAUUAGAUUCCUAAGAUCAUAGCAUUAACAAGUUCUGUAUGAGAUAAGUCAUCUAGGUUGGUCCCAGCCCCUGUUAGUCAUGUGCUCCUCCAAGGGUAUCUUUUGUUCCUACGGAUCCUGCAGAGCAUGGCAGGUAUGAAACCAUCCUUAACUGCCAGUGCACUUUCACAGCUGAUUAUUUCUGUGUCUCCUUCUUAUAAAAUCUAUGAAGUGUGACAGCCUUACCUGUUCUGUCCUCUCUGUCCAUUUUAGGUGGCACAAUGUAAGUAGCAGUGUCUCUUCUAGUAUAAUCCAGUCUCUCUCCUCACUUCUGUUAAGAUGGCUGAUACAGUCCAUGAAUCCCACUGAUGAUCUCUUUAUCAAAUGAUUGUUCAGCCGCACAUUCAGGAUUCUCUUCAGUACAAGUUUUGUAAUUUUUGCAGUAUGGAUAGCCUGAGAAUUUUCCAAAUCUCCAAGUUCUGGUUCUGUUUUCUUUUAUAUUUCUUCUGCAGUUCAGGUCUUCUCUUUUGUAUUUUCCUGUAAGCAGUCAGGAAUAAUGAAGGUUCCUGUGUCUUUUAACACUUUAAUUACAGGUGUUAGUGAUAAAUACCCAGUUUUAUU